AUGUUGGACUUAGACCUUUCACUUAACAACAUUAAAGGACAAAUACCCAGCUGGGUUUGGAGUGUUUAUUAUCUGAAUCUUUCUUGCAAUCUCCUGGAGUCUCUAGAAAAUCCUAACGUGUCUACCACUCUUCAGUUUAUGGACUUGAAUUCCAACAUGAUCAACGACAAUCUUCCCAUCCUACCUACUUCUCUCAUCUACUUAUCACUUGGCAAUAAUAUGUUUACGGGAUCAAUACCAUCUUCCAUAUGCAAUCUAGAUCAGCUUCAAUUUCUUGAUAUGUCAAACAACUCCUUGAACAACAAAAUACCUCCAUGUCUACUCCAAAAGACUGACCUUCUCGUAGUGUUGAAAUUAGGGAGAAACAAACUAAGUGGCUUCCUUGCUGAUACAUUUGCUCUGAAUUGCAAUUUGAAAACUUUAGACGUCAGCAACAAUGACUUAGAAGGAAAAGUUCCAACAUCCUUGGAAAGAUGUGCAUUUCUGGAGGUUUUUGAUAUUGGAAACAACAAGAUUAGAGAUACAUUCCCAUGCACGUUGAAGAAAAUAUCCAGUUUGCAUGUCAUAGUCUUGAGGUUGAACAGGUUCCAUGGGAAUCUUCAGUGUCCUAUAGUUAAUAAUCAAACAUGGUCAAAGCUUCAAAUUGUGGAUCUUUCUUCCAACAAUUUUAGUGGAGAUCUGCUACCACAAUACUUCUCCAACUGGAAAGGAAUGAUCUUGAGCAGCAAUUCAAAGUGGGGGCACCAACAUUUGCAAGUUGAUUUCAUCAUGACAUUUUACAAUCAUAAUACAGUGACUUUAAAUCUCAAAGGUCAGCUAGUGGAGAUUGUGAAUAUUGUUGAAGCUUUUACAUCCAUUGAUUUCUCGUGCAACAACUUCCAAGGAGAGAUACCAGAGGUAUUGGGAGAUCUCAAAUUGCUUUACCUUCUUAACUUCUCACACAAUGCUUUGACAGGAAACAUACCAAAGGCCCUUGGAAAGUUGACUCAGCUUGAAUCCUUAGAUUUCUCAGUAAACCAGUUAAGUGGGAGAAUUCCAGACGAGCUUGCGAGUCUCACAUUCCUUUCUGUCUUGAACCUAUCUUUUAAUCAACUUUCUGGUAGGAUUCCAAGUGGCAACCAACUUCAGACAUUCUCAGCAGAUUCCUUUGAAGGGAACAUAGGGUUGUGCGAUUUUCCUUUAAAGAAAACAUGCAGUGAAACCAAAUUGACUGGAUCGUCACAACCUAACAGCCAUUCCGAACACGAUGAAAUUGACGGGAAAUAUAUAGGUUUUGCCUUGGGAUCUUCUGUGGGUUUUGGCAUCGUGAUCUGGCUGUUUUUGCAUUGCCGAAGAUACAAUGAGCUCGUUGAUAGACUUCUUUUCAGAAUUUUGGGUCAGCACCAAAAGAGUGGCCGGAAUAAAAUCCCAAGGAGGUCAAGAUAA